UUAUUUUUAUUUUAUUUUUAUUUAAAAAUAAGACUAAAAAUCCCCCAAAAAUUCCUUCUAAAUCCCCCAAAAUCCUUCUAAAAAUGUAUUUAACACAAUUAGCAUCAAAUCUAUCCGUCUUCCUUUCAGUAGCUGCCCUAGCCUGUUGUGCAUUUUUCAUUCCGGCAUUAAUCGGGAAAAUUAAUAAAAUUACUGAGGACUUGGAAGCUGAAAUGGCGGAAUUUAAUAAACUUCAAUCUCGAAUAUGGGAAAAAGCUAAUUUUAUAGGUGGAGAGAAUAAAGGAAUUGGACAAAAUGAAAAUAUUGGCACUUUCCUUCUUGAGAAAAUUAGAAGACAAAGAAGACAAACAAACAAUUACUCCGGUGGGGCAAGUGGAACAACUGCUGCAGGACAGUGCUCCUGCCUGGCAGAAAAUAAGUGCCCUCCAGGCCCUCCUGGGCCGAAAGGGAAGCCUGGAAUGGAUGGGGAGGCAGGAAAACCUGGAACGCCUGGCCCAACAGGUCAGCACGGCUGUAGCCCUCCUGUUAUGAUUCAACAAGGAGAGGUGAAUUGCAGAAUGUGCCCAAACGGUCCUCCAGGUUAUCCCGGUCCACCAGGCGAACGUGGCGAAGAUGGAAAGCCUGGUACAGAUGGGGAGCCGGGCCCUAAAGGAUUGCCUGGACAUCCUGGACCGCCUGGGCCGCAAGGAAUACAUGGAGAAGCGGGAAUGCCAGGAAAAGCCGGGCCAGCGGGAAGUCCAGGUCGGAAUGGUUCUACUGGUGGAAAAGGCGAAGUGGGCGCACCUGGUACCAAAGGGCAAAAAGGUCCUCAGGGAGUUCCAGGGCAUUCAGGUCCUGACGGGAAGCCGGGAAUGCCUGGGGCAAGAGGACCACCUGGAAAUAUGGGCGAACGAGGAGAUCAAGGAAAAGAAGGUAUUGCAAAUUUCCGAACUUUACUUACUGUUAUUUAGGGCCAUCCGGCAAUAGUGGCGAUGGGGGAGGGCCAGGAACAGAUGCAAGGUAACGGAUGUGACAGAAUGCCAAUAUAAUUUUAAAAAAAUUUUCUAUUCAAGUUAUUGCCGUUGUCCGCAACGUUCUGGAAAGCUACCAUAUUUCUUGUGAUUUUAAGCAGUAUUUAGAAGUCUAUGUAGAACUAU